AUGUUCCUGGGCCAGGAGCAUACUGCAGAAAGGCAUCAUCCCCAACGUAUUGAUGGAAGAGGGAAAAACUCCCAAUUGCCCAAGCAUCUCUCUUUUGAUGAGAUUCCCUGGAAAAAAUUCCGAAACGUCCCCUUGGAUUACCUACCCUUGUGCAACAUGGGGAGCAAAGCUCCUGGAAUAUAUCCCUGCCUCGACAAUCUCCAAUUCAACAACCUCUAUUAUCAACACCUACGCCUUCGGAAGCAAGACACGGACAUUUAUCUGUACUCCGCAUUCCACGAUCAUCGGAACGAGAGUAAAAUCCGUAUUUUUGGCAUGAUCAUCGGACCUGAAAAAUCCGUCCCGACUCUCAAAUGUAAAUUUUACGAAGGAAAUCAGACGUAUGGGUUUCGUGAGGGGCAGUUUAAAGUGUUCUAUCACGAAAUUCAACUGGGAUGGCCAGUUCCAUUCACGCUGAAAUGUGCUCUGAAGGAAGGAGAACCGAUCCCCGAUGCCGUCUCAGUGUUACCCUCAGAAGCCGACGAACCUGUCAACAUACUGAAAGUGUUUCAGCGAGACGAAAAGACCUUGAGCAACGAAAGUCAUGCUGUGUCAUUAUGUGUAAGACAACUGUACUUCGUGCAGGAUCUUUCCUACCUCCUGACAGAAUGGCUGGAGAUCCUCAAGUCGAUGGAAGUUGGGAAAGUGUUCGCCUAUGGCCUCCAAACUCAUCCCAACAUGGAACGCGUCCUUGAAUUCUAUGAAGAUCAGUUUAAAGUGUUCUUUCACGAAAUUCAACUGGGAUGGCCAGUUCCAUUCACGCUGAAAUGUGGGCUGAAGGAAGGGGAACCGAUCCCCAAUGCCGUCUCAGUGUUACCCUCAGAAGCCGACGAACCUGUCAACAUCCUGAAAGUGUUUCAGCGAGACGAAAAGACCAUGAGCAACGAAAGUCAUGCUGUGUCAUGUGGAGGAUUCGUGGAUUACAUCCCGAUCACCUUUCCUGGAACUCAGCCGAACAUCCCAGGACCCAAUGGACCUUUCCUGCCCAGGAAUGAAAAUUUCCAUCGGGGAUUCUACCACCUGCAACUCAACGAUUGCCUCUAUAGGAGCUUGGUUCAGGGUUACGAAUACGUAUCCGUGAUGGACGUGGACGAGAUGAUCGCACCGAACCCCGAAAACCGAAGCUGGCCCCGACUGAUGCAGAGCCUUGUCCCGAAAAACCCGGACUGGGACUGCUACUAUUUCCAGACCCGGAUCAUCCUGAUGGAGGAGGGCGAAACAACCGGGUGGAAACAGGACUACACCAUCAAGCUGAGGCAGACGAAAGCGGCGGAAUUCCCGAAAGAGUCAUCUCGGGUCGGAAAGAGCAUCUGCACGACCGAGAAGCAAGAGAUCAUGUCCAACCAUUUCUCCGAGAUCUGCUACCCCGGCGACCGCCCCUGCGCCAUGUUCGUCGCCCCCACAGACUUCGGGGAACUCUAUCAUUACGGGAAAUGCUGGGUUGGGAAUUGCACCGGGUCGGGAGGGAAUGCCACCUGCGACGGACAGAGUUGUGAUGUGGUUCAAAAGAGUUCUCUGCUGGCUCACAAGGACUCCGUCCGGCAGGGCGUCUUCGACACAUUGUUGAGACUAAAUCUCCUUCCGUAG